AACUUCGACGCCGCCACAUACCCCGUCACGACCAUCCACGACUGCGAUCAACGUUUUGUCCUCCUGCGACCGACCUAGAGCCUUACGAGCGUCGAGUUUUCGAACGGCCCUCCCCAUCUGCGUCUUCUUCCCCUCACCCCGAAGAAGUCCAUCUCCCCUCCUCGUUGAGUCCAUCAACGAAGCGGUCAUCUUUCGCACCUCUACACACAUAUCACAGACAUGGCUCUCAAGCGCAUCAACAAGGAGCUGACUGACCUCGGCCGGUGAGAACCCCGGACCCCCCCUGUGCCUCGUGAGGGUGUUUGGAGCCCAAGUGUGAGGUGGGGCUGAGUUUGAGCGGGGUCUUUUUUUGCGGGUGGCUUCGAGAGACUCGAGCGACGCUCGUGACCGCAAUGCCCUCGGAACACAAGCUGGGAUGCCCUCGCGAUGCAGUGAUUCUUUUGCAAGAUUAAAAUCGACUGACCUCUCAUCUAGUGACCCGCCGUCGUCUUGCUCCGCUGGACCUGUUGGCGAGGACCUGUUUCACUGGCAAGCAACUAUCAUGGGACCUGGCGAGUCGCCGUACUCUGGUGGUGUCUUCUUCCUUGCCAUCCACUUCCCUACCGACUACCCCUUCAAGCCGCCCAAGGUCAACUUCACGACUCGCAUCUACCAUCCCAACAUCAAUUCUAAUGGCAGCAUCUGUCUGGAUAUCUUGAGGGACCAGUGGAGCCCGGCCCUGACCAUUAGUAAAGUCCUUCUUUCCAUCUGCUCCAUGUUGACAGACCCCAACCCCGACGACCCCCUUGUGCCUGAGAUCGCCCAUGUGUACAAGACGGACCGACCACGAUACGAGGCCACAGCUAGGGAGUGGACCCGGAAGUACGCUGUCUAG